GCGCACAUGCAAAAACAUUCAUUAAUCCAAGAGAAGAAGAAGAAAGAAGACGACUGAUAAGUUGGAAGAAUGAAUUCCGAUCAACUUCUUCUGAACGGCGACCGCCUUGUGGCAGCUUCAAAGUUGGGAUCAAUGGUGUCAAAGUCUGAUUCUCCUAUUCAUGGUGAUGUUGCAGUGCCCUAUGAUGAAGGCAGCUCCAAGCAACAUAUGAAGCAGUCCGGUUUGGUUUCGGUUGUCAUAGACGAUUACUUUGAAUUGCCGGAUGAAGAACAGGUGUUAGGCCGGAAAGCUGAAUGCCGGUUUUGCCAAGAGGAAGAUUUCAUCCGAAAAAUGGAGGCGCCUUGUGCGUGUAAAGGAACUAUCCAGUAUGCCCACAGGAAGUGUGUUCAGAAAUGGUGCAGCGCGAAGCGUAGUAUCACCUGUGAAAUCUGUAGCCAGCGUUAUAAGCCUGGCUAUAGAGCUCCACCACCUCCAUUAGAUUUAAGUGACUCCAUUGCACCAGGUCCAAGAAUAUUAGUGUUCACACAAGCAAUACUUCAGCAACAAGCACUACUGGAACCGGAGCCUGUGGAACAGCCCCAGACUGAUGAAGUACUAACUCAGACUAAAAGAUGCUGCGGCACCUUCAUAUUACUGCAAACUCUGCUCUUUUGCUACAAUUUAAUGAUGAUGACGGUGCUGGUAAUUGUCAAGGAUGUUGUUGCUGGUUCACACCCUCGUGAAAAACUUGAUACCAGUGGCAUUUUCCAUCUCGCUAUGGCAUUCCUGCUGCCUUCCUAUGUAAUGGCAUUUCUGCUCUAUUUCUGUCCUUGGGAACGCCUGCAACCUGAAGAAACAACACCUGGAAACACUGAAAGGCCAGAGGUGGCCAUUGAAGUGGACUCAGGAGUACAAAACGAAACGGCUGAUCAUCAGCAGCGCCAAGGCAAAGCCAUUGAACCUGAGGUAGUUUCAGAGACUGAAGUUCACCCAGAGGGGUCAUCAAUCAGGAACUUUGUCACAAGAGAAAGCUCGCAAGGCAACCAUCUCUAUCAAUGUCAAGGCCAGAAUCCUGUGGAGGCAACAUCUGAGAACACAGAAACUCCUGCAGAAGUAGUCAUUGCAAUAGAGUUUGAAAACCAAAGUGCUGCAGCUGAUCAUCGGCAGCUCGACGACGACGAAAUUGAAGCUCGUCCCCUCCUGUCAAAACUCAGGAACAGUCUGGCAAGACUGAGGCCUCAAGGCAACAACUAAAUAUCUAUACUUAUGUCUUGAACAUCUACCAGUUUUCUUUGUUGUGCUGGACCUUUGUUUUACCUUGUGUUUGAAUCUAUACCUAUUUUCAUGACUAUACAUAAGGUUGUUCUCUUUAUCCAAUAAAUAUUAUUUUGUUUUAAUAGUUCA